GGCUCCGCUCAAGCUCUCAGUGGUGGACGAGCGACGGGAGAGAGAAGACCUGUGCCGCGCGGGGUCAUGAAGCCGUGAAUUUCCCUCCGUGUGACCCGUGACAGUGCGCGUGACCUGACCCACCAUGACCAUCAUCGUGUUCCUCCUCGACACCUCGGCCUCCAUGAACCAGCGGACCUUCAUAGGCGCCAGACCCACCAUGCUGGACAUAGCGAAGGGCGCCGUGGAGACAUUCGUAAAGCUGCGACAGAGGAGUCCAGAGAGCCGGGGUGACCGAUACAUGCUCUUCACCUUCGAGGAGGCACCCAUGCACAUCAAGGCUGGAUGGAAGGAGAACCUGGCCACCUUCAUGAACGAGCUGAAGAACAUCAAGGCGACGGGCCUCUCCACGCUGGGCCCGGCCAUCAAGAAUGUGUUCGACGUACUCAACAUUAACCGCAUGCAGUCAGGCAUCGAUACCUAUGGCACUGGCAGGAGCCCGUUCUUCCUGGAGCCAUCGGUCAUCAUCAUCAUUACCGAUGGGGGAAAGCUGUCCUCACAGCAAGGCGUGUUGGACGAUAUCUACCCGCUGCCGAAGGUGAACCUGAUCCCCGGGGCCGAGCUGACCAAGGAGAUCUACCGUUGGGACCAGCGCGUUUUUGGCCUGGUGCUGCGGCUGACCGGCACCCCCGCCCCCGACCCCAUGGGCCUCGUACCCAGUGACAAUUCACCACUGGACAAGCUGUGUGAACAAACUGGAGGGCGGUCGUAUGCGGUUCGUUCCCACAGGAUGUUCCAGCAGUGCAUAGACAGCUUGGUGCAGAAGGUACAGAGUGGUGUGGUCAUAAACUUUGAGAAAAUUGGUCCUGACCCCCCACCCAUAAACUCCGAUGACACCUCAUGGCCGUGGAAUGGAGCCCAGCGAGGGAGAGUGCAAGCAGUGGAGAUGAGCAUCGUGAGGGGUGCAUGUGGUGGUGCGGCAAGCUGGAGCAAAGGCACAAACGAGAGUGUUAAUGAAAGAUGCGGCAAGGAGACCCCUGACGUGAUAGAGGUGGACAAGGAGAACCAACAGAACAACAUAGAGACCAACGGGGGCGGGGGGCUGGGCGGCGGGGGCAUUGGCGGGGGGAUGCUGGGGCACAUGCUGCAGAACGGAGGUCGGCCCCACACCCCCAACUCCAUGGCCAUGCCGGUGCCCAACCCCCCCAGCAAUGCCUGGCACAACUGCCGCAAGAUGAUCUACGUGCCCCGGCCGGCCCAAAGAGGAAGUCCGUCUGGGUUCUGGCCCAUCCCGGAGUCUUUCUGGCCGGAUACCAACACACUCUCCCUGCCGGCAAGGAGCGCUCACCCCAAUGUGAAGUUCACCUGCACCAGCCAGGAGCCCAUGGUGAUUGACAACCUCCCCUUCGACAAGUACGAGCUGGAGCCGUCACCGCUCACACAGUACAUCCUCUCCCGCAAGCAGCCCACCGUGUGCUGGCAGGUGUACAUCCCCAACAGCAGCAAGAACAGCGACGUGGGGCACCCGUUCGGCUACCUCAAGGCCAGCACCACCCUGCAGACGGUGAACCUCUUCGUCAUGCCCUACAACUACCCGGUGCUGCUCCCCCUGCUGGACGACCUCUUCAAGACGCACCGCCUCAAGCCGACCAAGGAGUGGAGGAUACAGUUCGAUAAUUACCUUCGGACCAUGCCGCCCUACUAUGCUAACCCCCUGAAGCGUGCCCUAGGGAGGAUGGGCGCCCCCAACCUGGUGCCGGACAACCUGGACAACUCCCUCAGCUUCCAAGUCACCAACCACCUCAAGAAGCUGAAGAACCAGGCCAAGCUGGAGUAUGAGCGCAUCUGCCUUGAGGUGGAGAAGAGGCUCUCCCAGAACAACUGCAUCACCCACGAAGGCAUCCGCGUGCAGCCCCGGCGGCCCCUCGGCAGACACCUCAUCUCCGACCAUCUUCUGCAAGACCAACUUGGGCAUCUACGAGACCAGGUGACAGAGUACCCAAGCUUCGUGCUAGCGGUGCGGGAGGGGGAGGUCAGCCCACAGAUGUACAAGAAUCCUUUUGACAUCCCUCGGGUCCAGCUCCUCGACCAGCUCACCCGCAUGAGAGCAAACUUCCUGCAGUCCUCCUUGACAUUGCUUCUCACCGACCGUGACCUCGACCAACUCCACUGUCGCCCCAUCAGCCAAAUGGGCAACUAUCAGGAUUACCUAAAGAAGAUGACGCCACCCCUGAGGGAGAUUGAGUCCACCCCGGUCAGGCAACACAUGUUUGGUAACCCUUUCAAGAUAGACAAGAAGAUGUCGAUGAUGGUGGAUGAGGCAGAUGUGGACCUGAUGGGUGCUGGCGGUGGUGCCAGUGGCGGUGGCCGGGGCUCCAAGAGGCCAGCAGAGGCCCAGGCCACAGCCGGGCGGCCUAACAAACGGCGUCGCGGCCCGCUGCCCCAUGACUUCACGCUGUCAAGGGUGCGGAGGAGCCCCACCUCCACCCCCUGCACCAGCCCUGCCUCAACCCCUCCCUCUAGUCCCUGCCCCUCCCCCACCCCCUCCAUAAGCCCCCCAGACUCCCCCCUGCCCCCAAGGGUGGAAGAGAGGGUGGUUGAGCCCCGGCCAGAGAUGUCCCCUGUCCUCCAAAGACCCGAGAGGCCGGACACGCCCAUCUUCCAGCCUGGGAGUUGCUACGGCGGGACGCCCGCCAUCCCCAAUGCUGCCUACUCCCCCGGCAUCAUGAGUGUGUCCCCGCCUGGCUCCCCCAACCCUGCCGCCUCCCCUGCCCCGCCGCCCCCCACGGAGGAGCGGCCGCCUCACCUGCUGCCAGGCGACUCUCACCCGAUGCUGAACGGGGAUGUUAUUCCACCGCCGCCCUCCUUGCGGGAUGAGGAGGUGGGCCUAAGCGCUGGCAGCCCAGGCAGCAGCCUGGACGCCUACGAAACAGACUACGAGAGCCUCACCCCACCCCCCAGCCUCACCUCGCCCCCUAGCCUCACCCCGCCCCCCGAGGAACCCAGCGAGGAGCCUCCAGAAAAGAAUGGCAUUGUUCUCCCCAACGAGCAGCGGAGAGGAUCAGUCUCUGCCCCCGUCAACUCCACCACCUCCCCCAUAUCUGCAUCCACCACUGUUACCUCCAAUACCACCACCACCACUGCCACCACUGCUGCCACUGUCACCAACACCUCCACUACCACUACCACCACCACCACCACUACCACUACCAACACCACUCCUGCUGCUCCUCCCCCACCAGCUGACACACAGGCCACCAAGACUUACAACAAGGAGCUGAAGAUGAUCUGCUUCAAGCUUGUGAAGAAGCCAGGAAGAGACUUCCGGACGCUGUUUGACCAGCUGAACACGGUGCAGGGUUCCUACGAGUCCCGGCUCAAGAUGGUGCGGGAGGUGGUGCAUGAGGCUGGCAGGUUCAAGCGGCACUCCCUGGUCAAGCUCCUCACCCAGUUCCUAGACUCCAUGAUGACCUCUGAGAAGGGCGGAGUGGCAGCAGCGACCCGGCCUAGCGUGAGGGUCAACGGCCACAGCAGAUAAGGGAGGCGUGUUCUGAGCCCUGUGUUGUGUUGAGUGCAUGACAGUACAAUGAGGAGGAGGAGGAAGACUGUGCACUAUUGUGUGUGCCAUUAAAGUAUACACACACAGACAGACACAGUGAGGGAUGGGACCCGGUAAACACAUGGCUCCCUCAGUGGCCUCCUCCUGCCGAGCACUGCCGAAGUCUUGAGUGUGGCUGGACAUGGGGAGUGUGUCUGUUUUACUGAAGUUAAUCUUUUUACAAUAAUGGAUGUAAAAACAACCAUGCUAAGUAAAGAAUGCAUAAAAGUCAGGCAAUGUCUUCAUGAAAAGGUCAUCAGUUUUGUAAGCUUCUGUACACAUUCACUGCCAUGCCCACAUGAGCGUGAGGUGAGGUUUUAGUUAAAUUAAUUGGUGUACAAGAUGACAGACAUUACGUAGGAAGGUAUUUCUUAUGAUGAUUUUCUCGGUUAUGUGUUAACACGAUGCAAAGCCAUGGAAGUGAUUUUCCAUAAACAUUCUAGCAUAACAAAGGAAACCAAUUGUCAGGAUAGUUUGAAUGUUAUGAGGCCUGCUGUCAUUAAUGUUCAGUACUAAAUUUAGUAUAUAUUUUAUGACCUACAGUGCCAUCUGUUUUACUUUUCAAGAAACCAGACUGUUAUAAUAUUGUUACCUGUUUUUAUUAAUUUUAUUCCCGUCAAAACUUGUUUUAAUCUUUGCCAUCAACACAUUUAAAGCUUAGGUUGGUAGGAGACAAAAGUUGAUGCAGGGAACCUGUAGGUAAUGGCACAUGAUGGAUUUUAGUGAUGAAAAUUUGAGAUUUGUAAGUUUGGGUGCAUGAACAUGGAAACAAAUUGUAGAAUACACAGAAAUGAUUGUAAUAGAAAACUUAAUGGCAAAAAUUACAACUACCAGCAAUGGCCGGACAAUAAUUGGGAACACCGGCAUGUGGAGAUUGAAACCACAUGAUUAUGUGCAUCGUGGCACUCAGCAGCAGGAAGUGUGGAAUUGAAGUCUUCAUGGGUGGUGCCAGGUUAAGAAGAGUGCAAGUGGGCUUGAAAGGGUUUGCUGGGCCUAAGAGGCACUCAGCAUGCCCAGACAUCCUGUCUUGAGGCAGCCGGCUGGUGGCUGGCUGCCAGGGAGAGGGGUCCUGACAACAGUGUUAUUGUAACCCAUCUGGAGUAUUUUUGCUACAAAUUAUAAGGUUUCUUGAGCCCCUCAACUUGUAAAUCUCCUAUUUUUGCAUAUAGUGGUAUAUAAAAAGAAAGAUUGGAUGUUCACUUCAUCUGCAUUAUUUUUUUAGUGACAAGUAAAUCUAGUCAGUGAACAUUACUGAACUUAUCUUGAGCCUGACGCCCAUCAUCAUCUGCCCAAAUGUUGCAUUAGAACUGACACCUAAACAGUCUGACUCCCACGUGGAUGACAGUGUACAGUCACAUGACAAAUGUUUGCUUUGUGAUCGUUUUGUAAAUAUUGUGUAUAUUUAUAUUUUAUAUAUGCAAAUACAGUUGAACCUCA